AUACAGAGCUUCACACCAAAGUUAAAAAAAUUCAGAGUGUCUUCUUGCUUGUUUGAACUCAUAUUACUUCGUGUGAUCAUUUUUCUUUUGUUAGAUCCUAAAGUUUGUUUCUAUGAUUCUUCUUCUCUUUUCUAUGAGAAAAUCUCAAAAUUUCAUGCCAAAGGUGUUCUGAUCAUUACGUGGAAGACGUGUGCAUGGGUUGGGGUUGUGGCGUGGAGUUCCACCAGAAUCCUCACAUCAUUUAUUUGUUUCCUGCUAGGUUGCACAGCUGGUGUGGCGGCAAUCCGGUUGGGACUUCAUUGGGAGUGGAGUUGUUUCUUUUCUUGGUUGGUUGGAGGCUUUUUUGGUGCAAGUAAUAGAGAGGAUUGCAGCUUCAUGGUUAUGGUUUAUUAAGGUUUGUGGCUGGCCUAAAAUGAAAAGAUGCCGCAGAAUAUUACAUGAACCCCGAAGGCCCGAAGCCAUUUUAGCACGGUGAAAGCCUUUUGGUCGGCAUGGCAGCAAGCCCAAAAGUAAGGGGCCAACAAAAGGAAUUUGCAGUAGGUCCGGUCUAUGUGGAAAGCUUUAUCCUACAACAGGUAGGAUAAAACUGAAUAUUGAUGGUGCUGUGGUGGGAGACGGAUGGGGACUCGACUGCAGGGGUGGAGACAGGGAGGAGCUGGAGGUGGUCACGGUCCCUACAAGGAAAAAAAUUCUUAAGUAUAUACUCCCUCCGUCCCCUUAAGUUUGUCCUGUUUUACCUUUUUCGUCCGUCCCACUAAGUUUGUCUCAUACCAUAUUUGGUAACAUUUGAGUGGUUAGAAUUCAUUCUUACUUUAUUUACACUUUAUCAAUUCAAUACCAACCACACAAUUCCACUUUUUCUUAAAAACCACACCACACCCCUCCGUCCCAAACUUAGGGGGACAGAGGGAGUAUUAUAUAUAAAUAUUUUGGGUUUAAUUGGGUAUAACAUUAUCCCUAAAGUUGGAGUUAUUUACAACAUUACCUAAAAGUACUAAAAAGCACCACUUGGGUAGCUUUUAGAUUUUGACUUAAAAGCACUUUAAAAAAACAGAAUCUGAGGUUAGCAAACACCAUUUUUAGCUUUUCCAAAGCUAAAAGUUCCAAAGUGCUUAAAAAAGCAAAUGCAAACACUGCUUCAGUGGGUAGCUUCAUAGCAGGAGGGUCAUCUAAGGUGCUCGGGAAGUGCUCUGUUUGUGAAGCUGAAAUCUUCGGUACCCGAGAAGCAUAAAGUUGGGUCAUGAAUUAUGACUUGAAUGACGUCGAAUCUGAUUCGAUCCAACCAAUCCAAGCUCCAUAAUUGCUUUUGGGAUGAUCGCUGAGGAUAUUAGAUAAAUUCAAGCAAACUUUGUUAGUCUUGAUUUUGUUUUUAUACGGAGUAUUAAACGAUAUGUGAACCGGGUGACUCACUCCUUAACAAAAGCGUCAAGUUCCUUGUUUGAUUGGUGUUCUUGGUUUUAAUUUUCUCCAGCUUGUAUUCUUUUUUUUAUAUCUUAAUCAUGAUUUAAUUAAUUAUUUUCC